UAGAACGGUGGUCUCCAUAUGGCGGACCGCGGGCCACUUCCGGACCGAGAAAGAGUCCAAUGCGGACCCGAGCGUACAGCAAAAAAAUGUACGUUUUUUUUCUCUCUUGCUUUGUGCCUGGUUCAGAAAACUGCACAUGGAAUUUCGGCAAGGCAUUACAUAAUUUGCUUACUCGCUUGACAGGCCAAUCAAAUCAGACCUCUUAGCCUGAUCGACACACGAAGAUACCCGAGCAAUCCCGAUGUUGAAAACUGUAAGGCGGCAGACUGAGGAGAAAGUUGGAGCAGCAGCUGAACAUGUCGGCUUCAAAACCACGUAAGGUAGAUAAUGAGAACAGGGUGUUUCAUGACGAGUGGACCGAGUUAUAUGCAUUUACUUUACCCGCGAGAAGCACACAGCCUGUGUGUCUUUUAUGCCACCAGCACGUAGCCGUUGUGAAAAGUUCUAACAUUAAACGACACUACGACAAACAUCGGACUAGUUUCGAGAGAGAUUACCCUCUGAAAUCUGCUCUCAGGAGCCAGCAUUUACUCGAGUUAAGAGCCCGGUAUGAUCGAUCCCAAAGGAUCAUGACCAAUGCAUUUACCGGUCAGCAGCGAGCACUUGAAUGUUCCCUCCGUGUUGCCUGGGUUUUGGGCCAAAACAAGAAACCAUUCGCUGACUGUGCGGUUGUCAAGAAGUGUGCCCUGGAAAUAGUUAAAACAUUGACUGACGGCAAACAACAAGAAGAACUGUGUAAAAAAGUGGCAGAAAUCCCCAUGUCAGCAACAACAGCCACGAGGAGAUGUGAGGUUUUAACUGAGGAUGUGCUCCAACAGCUGGAUGAAGCGGUCAGGGGCGUACCUGUAGGUUUAGCUGUGGAUGAGUCGACAGACGUGACUGAUAAUGCACAACUAUUAGUUUAUGUUAGGUUUUUCAACAAAGAGAAGAAAGUGUUCUGUGAGGACCUGUUAGGUGUGGCCCCCCUCAAGACCAGCACAAAAGGUGAAGAUAUAUACAAGGCAAUCAAAGAGAUGCUGACGGAGAGGGGAAUAGACAUGAAACUAGUGGUGUCCAUAACCACAGAUGGAGCCCCAUCCAUGGUAGGACGAGAGAGAGGAGCUGUGGCAAGGAUGAAGGAGGACCACGGUGAACUCAUCUCAUAUCACUGCAUCAUCCACCAGACUGUGCUGUGUGCCCUCCUGAGUGAUGAGUACAAGGAGGUAGGCCUACAUUUCCACUUUUUCAGUAUUUGUAUGUUCCUUCUUGUGUCUGUCUGUCUGUCUGUGUGUGUGUGUGUGUAUGUGUGGGGGGUAAUGUUUGAGUGUGGGUGUGUGUGUCUGUGUCCUGUGUGUGUGUGUUCUGUCUGUCUGUCUGUCUGUGUCCUGUGUGUGUAUGUGUGUGUGAUAAUUCUUGAGCGUGUGUGUGUCUGUUUGUCUGUUUGCCUGUGUCUGUGUCCUGUGUGUGUAUGUGUGUGGGGUAAUAUUUGAGUGUGUGUGUGUGUGUGUGUGUGUGUGUGUGUGUGUGUGUGCAUGUGUGUCUGUCUGUGUAUGUGUGUGUGUUAAUUGUAUUGCUAAUGUAAUUUUAUAAUAAAGACACCAGUAGCCAAUAUUACAUUGUAAGCUACAUUGUUACUGGUCACAAAUAAAUAUGUGUCCAAAUAAAUAUGACUCUCCAUCUCUUCUUUUUCAUCUUGAGGUGAUGGACGUGAUGAUGAAAAUGAUAAACUUUCUGCGGGAAUCCUCAUCCCUCCAGCAUCGUCUCCUCAGAGAAUACCUCCAUGAAGUGGAUGCAGAAGCUGAUGACCUUCUCCUCCACAACAAUGUAAGAUGGCUCAGCAAAGGUAGAGUGCUGGAGCGCUUUUGGGCCAUCCGGGAGGAGAUUGGAGCUUUCUUAUCCCAGCUGAGGAGCAACAAGGCAACUCGUUUUUCUUGCUUCUUAGAAGAUGAUGAGAAAAUGGAUAUUGUAGCUUUUUUAGUUGACAUUACAUCUCACCUGAAUAAACUGAAUCUGAAGCUACAGGGCAAGGACAAUUCCAUCUGUGACCUAAUGAUGGCUGUAAGUGCCUUCCAGAGGAAACUGGAGGUGUUCAGAGAAGACCUGCAAGGAGAGUGUGCUCACUUCCCUUCAGUACAGCAGCAGGUGCAGGGGCAGAGAGAUUUGUCUGCUUUUGUGGACUUUGUUGAUCGGCUGACUGAAAACUUCAGCCAACGAUUUGACAGCUUCACUCUUGGACAGCAGCUCACCCUGUUUAUCCAGGAUCCCUUCCUUAUCACUGAUGUCAGGGGGUUCUCAAAGGAGGUCACACAGCUCUUCAAAUGGGCUGAAGCUGGUCCUCUACAGAUGGAACUGGUUGAUCUUCAGGCAGACGUGGCACUGAAGGAGCAAUUUGGAGGAAGUGAAUCUGCCACCUUCUGGAUGGAGAUGGUCCCUGGAAAAGGCUUCACAGGUCUGAGUAAAAUAGCUCUGUACACUCUGACCAUGUUUGGUUCCACCUACAGCUGCGAAGCAGCUUUUUCGACCAUGAACAUCGUCAAAGACAAAUAUCGCAACAGGCUCACUAAUGAUCAUCUCCACAUGUGUUUGAGGAUGGCCCUGACAUCUUUCGAGCCCAGAUUCAAAAAGUUGGCUGGAAAAGAUGGAGCCCGCUUCUCACGAGCUCCUCUUUCUGAGUGAUAAAAAAAGAGUAAUCAGGAGGGAGAUAAAUAGAAAACAAUGACGGACCGGAUGGUUUGUGAAGAUUUUCAGUGGCAAAAUGUAUUGAGUUAAAAGUUUAACUAGUUUAGUUACUUUGUUUCAGUGAAUUUCAUGCUACUUUUUUUAAAUGCACUUUAAUUUCAGAUGUGCCUGCCUAAAAAGCCAUUUUGUUUCUAAUGCAGGUCUUUGAAUAUCUGUAGUCUUCAUGUUAUUUAAAAACAAAAUGUAAAAUGUAACUUUUAUACUUUCAAUAAAUAUUGUUGACUUUAAAAAAGGUACUUCACUUUAUUUUAAUUGAAAAUAGGCAGUUAUUGACAAUACAAAUGAAGUGAAUAUUUCAAAAGAGUAAUGCACUGUACAAAAAAAAUAAAGGUUCCCGGACCCAGGCCUGCAGGCAUUUCAUCCCGGUGGACCCAUUGAAAAUUUAUAUGAAGACCCCUGAACUAGAAGAUAACCUGAUAGACGGAAAAGAAAGAAACUGCAUGUUUAGAGCUGAGGCUCCAACAAUUUUUUUAACGUCACUCAUAAUGUUAAGCCAAAUUAACAAAUUAUGACAAUGUUACACAAUUACAA